AUGCCCCGUAAGUGCAAGCAGGCAGCUAUGCGGCUGGCACUGCUGUGCGCCGCGUGCCUGCUGCCUGGCAGCCCGGCCCUGCCACUCAGCCCGGGCCCGGGAGGCGAGGGCGACCCGCGCUGGCAGCUGGCUCAGGACUAUCUCAAGAGAUUUUAUUCAUCUGACUCAAAAAUGAAGAAUGCCAGUAGUUUAGAAGUCAGACUCAAGCGGAUGGAAGGAUUCUUUCACCUUCCUAUAACUGGAAUGUUAAGCCCCCGUAUUAUAGAGAUCAUGCAGAAGCCCAGAUGUGGAGUGCCGGAUGUUGCAGAAUUUUCGCUAUUCCCAAAUCAGCCAAAAUGGACUUCCAAAGUAGUCACCUACAGGAUCAUGACAUAUACUUCAGACUUACCACAUAUCACAGUGAAUCAACUAGUGGCCAAGGCCUUCAAAAUAUGGAGCGAAGUGAUCCCACUGACGUUUACAAGAGUUAGAUGGGGAACUGCUGAUAUCAUGAUUGACUUUGCAAGAAGAGCUCACGGGGACCCGUAUCCCUUUGAUGGGCCAGGAGCCACACUGGCUCACGCCUUUGCGCCUGGGCCAGGCCUGGGAGGAGAUGCUCACUUCGAUGAGGAUGAACGCUGGACUGAUGCUAGCGGGAUAGGAAUUAACUUCCUGUAUGUUGCAACACACGAGCUUGGCCAUUCCUUAGGUCUGAGUCAUUCGUCUGAUCCUGAUGCUGUGAUGUAUCCAACCUACAGCAAAGAAGAUUCCAAGAAUUUCAAACUUUCACAGGAUGAUAUCAAUGGAAUUCAGAAAUUAUACGGAAAGAGAAAUGAUUCAAGAAAAAAAUAG